GCCUACUUGUCGGGUGGGCUCGUAAACUGCGAUAUUUCUGACAGCACCGAAAGGCACCAUAAAUCCAUCCUCCCCAUCAGCAGUCUGCGCAAAAACAUUUCUCCUGAGCGGCUCCAGCAGCAAACUUCACCGACUCUCUGCGAAGGAACACACCGACAUGGAUGCCCUAAAGUCGGCCGGGAGAGCCAUCAUCCGGAGCCCGAGUAUGGCGAAACAGUCCUGGAGUGCUGGCAGACACAGAAAGCUUCCAGAAAACUGGACCGACACACGGGAGACCAUUGUUGAAGGCAUGACCUUUAACCUCCGUCACCUCGGCAUGACACUAGUGGACCAGCCUAAGGGAGAGGAGCUGUCAGCGGCUGCAGUGAAGAGGAUCGUGGCCACGGCUAAAGCCAGUGGGAAGAAGCCUCAGAAGGUCGCUCUGAAGGUCUCCCCUCAGGGAAUCCUCCUGUACGACAACUUGUCCAAUACACAACUGGAAAACGUCUCCAUAUACAGAAUAUCCUACUGCACAGUGGACAAACUGCACGAUAAAGUGUUUGCUUACAUCGCUCAAAACACCCUCAACGGGACCCUGGAGUGCCACGCCUACCUCUGCUCCAAGAGGAAAGUGGCUCAGGCGGUGGCUCUGACAGUAGCUCAGGCCUUCACCGUAGCGUUUGAAAUCUGGCAAGUGGCCAAAGAAGAGAAAGGGAAACGGGCGAAGUCUGGUUCAGCCGGAGAGGCCAGCAGCAGCUCCCAUUCAGAGAGAUCCAACAGCUUGGGGAGCCUGAAGGGGACGGAUGUUGCCACAGACAACCUGUUGGACUUUGAGGACAGUGUGAAUGGGAUGGUGGAGACCAGUGGGAAUACAGAGGAGGAUCAGCUGGACAACCACCGACCGUCUGAGACCAGCAACAACCCCAACUUGGAACUAGAGGACAGUUUGGACGAAGCGUUUUCCAACCAUGCUCUGGAUAGCUAUGGUUCAUGUGCAGACUGGCAAUGUCGCGUACUAACCCCCAGGUCCUGGACAUUGGGGUGACGCCCCAGGAUCUGCUCAUUGAACCCGACUGGGACGGCAGCAACAGAAACACUCCCAACAACCUCAGCCCGUUCGGGGACGAUAUCUUCGGCUUCUGACCACCACAACAAACACAUCAGCGAGAGAUAGAGAGAGACGACGAUGACAACAACCAAGGGGAGGAAGGGGGGGGGGGGGGGUCUUUAUGUCUUCCUGAGAACUAACAAAGGUAUCAAUGUGUAUUUAAGAUAAGACCACAGGAAGUCCAUAAGGGAAUAAGUGUCAAGAUUAGAAUCCUCACCUGGUUGGUUGCACAUGGGCAGGUCUUCCCUUCUUUGUGGGGAAACAGCACCAAAGCAAUAACAUCAUCCUUUUAUGGUUGCUUCCAUUUCCAUAGUUCUGGCAUUAUAAUCAGUGUUUACAUGUUUAGUUAUAAUUUAUAGAUUUGUAAUUAUUUUUCUAUGGAUGAAGAGUGUGAUUUAACUGAGUUUUUAUGUACAGAUUGUAUCAACAGGCUUUAAUAACAGCAGGACAAUCAGCCACACUUCAGUGGAAGUAGUUAACGUGAGGAUUUGGUCUACUAAAAUGUAAGGUUCUGUUUCACUGCAGUGUGACAGAGUUGUUUCAAGGUUAUCAGAAUCCCUUUUUGCAAAUUAAUGUGCGUUGUAAUCUACCAGCAUUAUACAGAAAUAAAAUAUAUUCAUGAAUAAUAAAUGGACUCUUUUGGUAUA